AUGGUGUCUCGGUCGUGCGCCUUUGUCUUCGCCACCCUCGCAUCAUUCAUUCUACUACUUGCAAAGGCACAACAGACCUCUGGCACUCCCCCAAGCAGCUGGCCUCAAGUCUACCCGCGAAUGCCAGAUUGUAGCUACAAUACGGAGUGGCAGGACUACUUCCAAGUGACAGAGAAUCUCCCAAAUGUUACAUGGUCUCUCGCUCGUAAUUGGGCAGGGAACAUCCCUGUUCAGAGAGAGGGUCAUCCUAACGAUACCUUAUUCUUCUGGGCAUUUGAGAGCAAGGAAGGCUCUUUCACUUCCACUUCCACUGAUGCACCAUGGGGUAUUUGGCUAAAUGGAGGACCUGGCUCAUCAAGUCUCGUUGGCUUAUUGUUUGAGAAUGGCCCGAUCAAAGUACAAAACGACUAUUCCUUGUUUGAAAACCCGUAUGCAUGGAACACAGUAGCAGACUACGUCUGGAUAGACCAACCAGUCGGCGUUGGCUUUGGAACUGCUGAUUCCACUGGUUAUAUUUCUGAUGAGGAUCAAAUGGCGGCGGACUUCUUUGGGUUCUUGGAGAACCUUGUAAAGGUCUUUCCCGGCUUGGCUAAGCGCCCAUUGUACAUAACGGGUGAAAGCUAUGCUGGCAUGUAUAUACCUUACAUCACGAAAGCUUACUUCGAAAUGGAGAAUCCGCCAGUUACGUUAGCUAACAUAGCUAUCGGAGAUGGCACUAUUGCCUCUGGAGAGACAUUUGGACUCCUCCCGGUGCUUAGCGUCCUCAAGACAUAUCCGCAGGUGAUUGGGUACGACACCGAUGUCUUCGAGUACUUCCGUGAACAGGAAGCGCUUUGCGGCUAUGAUCUUGUCCUUGAAUAUCCUCAAAAUGGACACUUCCCAACCUUGAAUUACACUCCUGGAGAUAACCCUUACGCAUCUAGUAUGUCUGCAUCUGGGCGGUACAAGCGAUACAGAGCCCAACAAGGUCAAUUCUCCAAGAAGCUGUUUUUGGCCGAAAUGGAAGAGAGGUACAGUGCACACCUAGCAAAGCGGAGCACUAGUCUGUCCAAACAUGAGCGCCUGCGUGCGCGGGAUGCUUGGAAACGUGAUCUAGCUGACCGUGCAAAUGGCACCAUCGACGCAUGGUAUGGGUGCGAUGUUUUCGAUGAAAUGACGGAUUAUGCCAUCAACUUUACCUUCCCGUGGUCACUCAGUAAGGACUCUGGAAGGUCGUUCGACUUCUAUAAUAUUCCAGAUGCUCUAAAUCCUGAGGCACCUAUAGAUGGGUCAGUUUUUUUGAACAACCCACAAACUCGCGCUGCUAUUCAUGCACCGACGAGCAAGGACUGGACAGUGUCUAUCGACUACCCAUUCGGCAACGACUACGCUAAUAGUGAUCCAAGUCUUGAACCUAUGGCAUUCCUCACGGACUUGGCCACGAAUGCCACAGCCCACAACGUCUCUGUUGUUAUAUUCUCCGGAAAUGAUGACUCCCUCAUUCCUCAUCUUGGUUCACAAGUUACUAUCCAAAACACUACUUUUGGCGGGAUUCAAGGUUUCACGCGCAAACCGUCGACACCAUGGUAUAACGAUAAUGGCGAUUUCGCUGGUAUCGUGCAUCAGGAACGCAACUGGACUUAUGUCCUUAUUGACCACGCGGGCCACCUCGUGGGACACACAAAUCCCCAAUCAGCUGCAGAAAUUCCGAAGGGUUUCGUCGCUAUCAGGGAGUUCGUCUUUGGAAAUAACCAGACCGGGCUGGUCACCAACACUUCCUCGGGAUCUGUGACUGUCAUAUGUGGUGAGGUCUCUUCCCUGGCAAAUGAGAUUAUGACAGGACAGGCUGCCAUCUACUAUGGCUCUGCGACGACUGAAUCCACCUAUUACUUCCCCACUGCCACAGUGGAGGCAUGGAAUGCUUAUAUUGCAACCGCUACUACCACGCCUCUAUGA